AUGAUAAAACGAAUCAUCAAAAAAGUAGGAGGUCUCAAGCGUGGCCAAGGCCGCAACCCUGGCAUUGGAAAAGGCGGCGGCCAAGCCGGAGGCAGCGGCGGCGCUGGUGCUUUCCCAGAGGCUAGAGAGCAUUUCCAAACCUUCAUCAACGAAAUUAAAGAAAAAUUACGUCCGAUCGCUAUAGAUGACACGAAUAUCACCGAUUACUUGCCCAAAAACUAUUCGAUCAGGCUUUAG